AUGGCCGCGUUAUUCGUCGCGGCUCUUCUCCUUCUCGCUUCUGCCUCGCCAGCUCCUCUGCGUUCUCCUUCUUCUGUCUCACACUCCCCAGCGUCUUCUUCUGGGUUCCCUCUGCGUGCGCCUUCGCUCCUGGUCCUUGUCCAGGCGCGCCCUCUGGUGGUUGCCGAGGCGCCUGCUGCUCUAAGACCUCUUGGCGCUUCUGCACGCGCCGCAGCAGCCUCGCAUGCAGGCUCCAGUUUCCUUGGCAGACCCGCGAGGCGCGCUGUGCCCAGCCGCCUAGUCCCCGCGCCCUGGCCUGCACUCCCUCUGCCGCCUGAGAGAAGGCGAGAGGAGGAACAAAAACGCGCCGAACGCGCAGAGAGCAAAGAAGCGAACACCGAGGAGAAACGCGAAACUCGUGCAGGGGAGCGGGCACCCUGCGGCGACGCUGGACCGGCCUUCCUCUCUCCGUUUUCGGCUUUUCCUCGAACCCGCAGAGACACGCCCUCUCCACGGAGACUCGGCAGCUCUAUCGCCAGACUUGGUGAAAACGAAACACUGAGGAGCAGGGUGCAUGGCAGCACAGAUGGACGGGACGGCACUCGCAGGGGGCGACUGUCGGACGCGAGCGUGUGGAGUCUCGGCGCUGCGAGAGGCGACUGGACGCGAGGCGCGCAAAGAAUAACCAGGAGUGAAGAAAGGACGGCGCGGCCUCUCCAGUUGAGCCUGAGGAUCGAGACGUUGCCCAUUCGCCAGACGGCGGAAGAAGAGCUGCGCAAAGAGGAAGAGCAGGGACGAAAAGACGGGACGCUCGCUGAAAAAGAGAAUCGAGGAGAGGCAGGAAGGAGGGAGGAGAACGCGGGCAAAAGAGACGGUCGAGGUCGCUGUUUUGAGGAGAGAUCCGAGACGCGCCCGCCUCUCCUCGCUAUCGCUGGCGAGGCGAUGAGCGCAUCAGGGGACUCUGGAUCUUCUGCUUCGCCGGUUUCCGCUCGGACGGAAACACAGCACGAGGAGAAGGCAUGCGAACAGAGACACGGUCUCUCCCCCUCAGCGUCGGCUUUUUCGUGCUCCUCAGAUCAGGAUUCGGCCGCUGCUUCUUUUGCGUCAUCUAGGAAUUCUCCUCGCCUUUCCCUUCCCACUUCCUGGCUCCAGGUGUGGCGAGAUCACCUGCGCCUUGGCGAGGGUGCAUGCGUCCGAUCGUGGCUGAAGGCCCGAAUUCCUACGGCCCUUUCCUCGCUGCGCGUAGGCGCUUCCGUUGCCUUAUUUUUCUCGCUGUUCUUCCCUCGCCACAUUGUUCCGUCUUCGCUUCGUCGCACCCAGCGUUUUUCCGCUUCUCGCUCUUCUCCGUGUGCCUCGUGGACAGGCGCAGAAGAUCGGUCUUCUCCUCACACUGCCGAGGACAUCCAGGCUUACUCGAGUUGGGGUGCCUUCUCUUCCGCGCUGGCGCCCUUCGUGGCGACCUCCGCCGUCCUUUCCUCUGUUCUUUCUUCUGCAAACGAGGUCGCGUUGCGCGCAGUCGGAAGAGUUCCGUUUGCCACCUUUGUCUCUUCCAAGACAUCUCCCGGGACCGUCCUUCCGUCGCCACUCUUCUCCUCGCUCCUCUUCAUCGCUGCCUCCCUCACCGAUCUACUCGACGGCUACCUGGCGCGGCGCUGGGAAGCCUGUUCCUCUCUGGGGGCGCUUCUCGACGCGCUCGCCGACAAACUCCUCGUGACGGCUGCCCUGGGCGGUGUCUGUACCCUCGCAGUGCCGCCGUUCGCCAGUCUUCUCGGCCCUCCGGCCGUGGCGAUCUUCAUGCGGGAGUUGGCCGUUCAGGGCCUGCGGCUGCACCUCGAGAAGAUGGACCGUGGGGAGGAGGGAGCCGUCCAGUGGCUGGGGAAAGUCAAGACGGCAGUCCAGAUGGGUGCGGUCUCCCUGCUGCUUCUCCUUCUCCCGCUGUACACUGGCAGCCGGCCGCUCUUUGAAGGAGCAGGGGAAGAGACGCGCGCCGCGGCAGGCUCGUUCGGCGCUCUGGACAGUCACCCCGAACUGGCACGCGGACCUGGGCUGCGCCCUCAGCGCCUCGCCCACAAACGUCUGAGAGUUUUCCACAGCGGCUCGAAAAUCUGCUCUGUCGAGCUGGACAGGCCCCUGCGUUCCCAUCCGGCGGGUUCGCGCGGUGGACGACGCGCCUCAGACUGGGCGACAAAGGCGCCGCCUCUCUGGCGAGGGCACGCGACGUUUUGCUAG